AUGCAGGAUGCGAAUGCAAUAAAGGUGGAGGAGAGGCAAGGAAAAUUACAAAAGAUGAAUAAGCACUCUACAACUUUUCAAACUAAUGUUUUGAGUAAUGGAAUGUUCGGCCUCAACUUGAAUAACGAGGAGUUCAUUUCAACCACAAGAAAACUACUUCGAUGCACAGUUUGUCUGGAAGAUUCCGAGGAUGUGAAUCAGUGCAAAAAUGGACAUUUGAUCUGCCAACACUGUACACAUAAUCUUAAGCUUCGCUUAGAGCCUGAUGAUACGCAAGGUAAAUGUCCUACUUGUCGAAUUCCCCUCUUUCCUGGGAUUUCUCGUUGCCUACUCGCAGUUCAGUUGUUUUCUGAGCUGCCAAGAAUGUGCACCCACUGUAAACUCACUAUUCGCCAGGGUGACCAUGAAGAUCAUCAAAAUAAUCUCUGCCCAAAGAGACCAGUUAAUUGUAAAUACCAAAUCUUUGGAUGCCAAUGGAAGGGAAGAGCCGCCGAUUCAAAGAGACAUCAUAUUUUGUGCGAAGUUUCGAAGAAAACCGUUAAAGACGUUGAGAGUAUAAUCAGGGAGACAUUUAAUGAGCACGAGAAACUCGCUUAUUACUACUUUGAAUCUUGGGGUGAAACACUUAAUAUUUUGAACGGGCACCCUUUAGGUGCCUUCAUAGCAAUUCGGGAAGCUUCAUUGUCUCAAGUUACUGAAGAAAGUAGAGGAAAAGUGCUUCGGUUUCGGGGGACUACUCCAGAGUUAGCCUUAUCUGGGCGAGGUGAUACAACUUUGGAACUUACUAUAAGGCUUGAUGACUUGACGCUCUCCUACCGAACAAAAUUUCCGCCUCAAGGCAUGUAUGAAAUGAGACUUCGUCUGAUUACGAUAGACUGUAAAGAAGUUUUUAUUCCAGUUAUCGAUAAGUUUCGUUUACCUAAUGUGAAAAAUUCCCACACGUGGCAGGAGUUUCAAGGUCAGUUGAAUGUUCCUCCCGAUAAACAAACGGAGUUUAUUAAUGUAUUUUUAAAAUUAGCAUGUGAAGGGGGCUCUGGUUUUAUGGUGAGAUGUCAAUUUCUGGUGGUGUUUGAAAUGUCUUACUUAGUACAGACGAUCGAGAUUGGUGGCCAGGAACACAAUGCUAAUACAACUACAACUUUAUUAAAUCCUCAGCAGACAGUUAUCAAUGCAAACACAAAUCAUGUCAGUAAUCCCGAAUCAACACCGCAGACAAUGCCCGUAAAUGAAACCCCAAGUCAUCAAGAAAAUACCAGAGAAAGUGGUGCUAUUGGAAGAUCGGAAGCUGAUAACCGUAUUUCAACGUCCAGUAAUGAAACAACAGAUGAAGAAUAUGAGAGUUUGAGUGAAGAUCCGCCUGCCUUAGCCAUGCAAAACAACAAUGCACUAGAAGAAGAGAAUAUGGAAGAUCACACUACUCAGAGUCUGCCUAAUUCAGACAAAAGUGAACCACACUCUAGAAACUCGGAGUCUAGAGCGUGCGUACCUUUGAAUAGGCGAAGAGGAUUGAGAGCGGCGAAAAGCCAUAAUAGCUACAUAAAUGGUGUAGCUUCUUUGGUUGAAACGAUAACUCCCUAUAUAACCAGGGGUCAUAUGUGGCGCAAUUAUGAAAUUCUCAGGGGAAAUGCCUCAGUGCCAUUUCGACUUCGUAGAUCGGCAAGAAAUAAAUUCAAAUCUAAAUCGAGUGAUAAUUUACAAAAGUUAUCCUUGAUGAAAUUCAUAGUUGAGAAGUGGAAUGACUUCCGAAAGAAUAUGCUGGGAAUCGGAGGUUGGGGAAAGUCGAUGAUCUUAAGCCCUUGUGACAAAAUUAAAAAUGAAACAAAAACAGAAAAAAAUGAAUAA